AUGAUCAGUGGUCUGACCCCGCAAGCCCUGUCGGCCCCGCUGCUCCAGAGCUCCAAGGUGGUGCAGGGGUUGACCGGCCUGCGAAACCUUGGCAAUACGUGCUUCAUGAACUCCAUCCUGCAGUGCCUGAGCAACACCAAGGAGCUGCGGGAUUACUGCCUGCAGAACCAGUACCUGCGGGACCUCAACAACAACAGCCGCAUGCGCACUGCGCUCAUGUCAGAGUUUGCAAAGCUGAUUCAGCUGCUCUGGACCUCGUCUCCCAACGACAGCGUGAGCCCCUCUGAGUUCAAGACGCAGAUCCAGAGAUAUGCCCCCCGCUUCGUUGGCUACAACCAGCAGGAUGCACAGGAGUUCCUGCGGUUCCUCCUCGAUGGGCUGCACAGUGAGGUGAACCGUGUGCUGGUGCGGCCACGGGCCAGCACGGACACCCUGGACCACCUCCCUGAUGACGAGAAGAGCCGCCAGAUGUGGAGGAGGUACCAGGAGAGGGAGGACAGCCGCAUUGGCGACCUCUUUGUUGGGCAGCUGAAGAGUUCACUGACCUGCAGCGAGUGCGGCUACUGCUCCACAGCCUUCGACCCCUUCUGGGACUUGUCCCUGCCCAUCCCCAAGAAAGGCUACGGGGAGGUGACCCUCAUGGACUGCCUACGGCUCUUCACCAAAGAGGAUGUGCUGGACGGGGAUGAGAAACCGACAUGUUGUCGCUGCAAAGCCAGGACGAGGUGCACAAAGAAAUUCAGCAUCCAGAAGUUCCCCAAGAUCCUGGUGCUUCACCUGAAGCGCUUUUCAGAGGCCAGGAUACGAACGAGCAAGCUCAACACCUUUGUCAACUUCCAGCUGAAGGACCUGGACCUCCGGGAGUUUGCCUCGCAGAGCUGCAAUCACGCUGUUUACAACCUCUACGCCGUCUCCAACCACUCGGGCACCACUAUGGGGGGACACUACACCGCUUACUGCAAAAGCCCCGUCUCCAGCGAGUGGCACAAUUUCNNNNUCCACAGUGUUACCCCGAUGUCAUCCAGCCACGUCCGCAGCAGCGAUGCCUACCUGCUCUUCUACGAGCUGGCCAGCCCGUCCUCCCGCAUGUAGCCAGCCCUGCCUCCCUGGGGACCCCUGCACCACCCCUCAGAGCCAGCCCCUCCAGGUUUCGGCCAUUUGCCCCCCAGGUACAAGAGGGAGGUGAAGAGGAGAGACCCCAAGGUGGCUGCAUUUUUUUUUUGUUGGUGUGUAAUAAAAAUACUGAGCAAGGGACUCUGUGAGCGUGGGGCUGCCUGCCCCAUUGACUCAGCCAGGACGUCUGCUCCCCUGGGGGAGCACCCAGAGCAGCAGAUCCAGGAGACUCCCGGCCUCCUCCCAGCACUUCCGAACCUCCAGGCAAAGGACCCCGGCGCUUCAGUUGCCUCCAUCCUGUCUCAGGCAGCACAUCCCCACCAGCUGCCCCAUGCACCAGUCCUCAAAGCAGCCUGA